AUGGAGUACCACAGCGGUAAGGUAAGCAAUAACAUGAACUUUGUACCCUUCAGAUUAUGUUAGUUAUGUGGCAUCAUUGAGGAAGAAUGUCAGAUGCUAUGUCAUCCAAGGCAGAGCUUCAUGCUAUGGAUGUCCUCACCUAAGCAUCUGAAGUGUUGGUGUUGAUGGCACUCAUCUGUAAGUGUUGAUAUUUGCUCUCAAACAAGGCUGAGCACUUUAAUUUCGGACAGAAUUCAUAAACAUAUUUAUGUGAUAAUUUCGAAAAAAUAAUGGGUGGUUUUUGGAAUACCUCAAGGCUGGGUUGCAGAGUGUCCUAAGAAUUAUUGAAAGCUGAAAAUGUCCCAGUUCUUUCAUGGCCUUCAUACUCACAAGACAUGUCACCCAUUGAGCAUGUUUGGGAUGCUCUUGAUCGACGUGUACAACAGCGUGUUCCAGUUCCCGCCAAUAUCCAAACCUCUUCCAUUUAAGAAUGAUGGAGGCCACUGUGGACCUUCAAUGCUGCAGAAAUGUUUUGGUACCCUUCCCCACACAAUCCUGUCUCGGAGCUCUACGGACAAUUCCUUCGACCUCAUGGCUUGGUUUUUGCUCUGACAUGCACUAUCAACUGUGGGACCUUAUAUAGACAGGUGUGUGCCUUUCCAAAUCAUGUCCAAUCAAGUUGUAGAAACAUCUCAAGGAUCAUCAAUGGAAACAUGAUGCACCUGAGCUCAAUUUCGAGUUUCAUAGCAAAGGGUCUGAAUACUUUUAUUUUUAAUACAUUUGCAAAAAUGUCUAAACUUGUUUUCACUUUGUCAUUAUGGAGUAUUGUGUGUAGAUUGAUGAGGAUUUUUAUUUAUUUAAUCCAUUUUAGAAUAAGGCUGUAACGUAACAAAAUGUAGAAAAGGUCAAGGGGUCUGAAUACUUUCCGAAUACCACAUCUGGAGUCAAUCUGACUUAUGGUUCAUGAGAACGUUUAAAAGUAUUUUUUGCAUUAGCAUAUGUGCUAACGUGCAUCUAUAGGUCCAGUGCGACCAUAUUUGAAUGCAGCAUCGAUUCAAGACAUUAAAAACUGACGUAAUGAGUCUAAAUACAAAAUCUGGAGUGAAUCUGACGUAUGAUUCAUGAGGAGAAGAUGAUUGCAGAUGAUUGUGAGCAUUAGUGUUACAUAUGCAAAUAAUUAGUUAAUAUUUUCCUUGGUUUUUUAAAUAUCAAUACCAAAUUCAGUGUGGUUCAUCUUAGGGACGUCCAUGAUAGCGAUGACAAAGUUGACAGGCCACUGUGGAGUGGAUUUACAGUAGCUUAAAUGGACAUGUAAAAUCUGAUUUUUUUUGUUUGUUACUCAGCCAUCUUUUGACCAAUCCCUUAGCUUUUCUCAAACUAAGUUAACAUUUUACUGCAGUGGGCUAAAUCGGGGUCACAGAGUGUUUCUUGGUAGUCUUAAACAAAACUACUUUGAAACAAAAGCGCCGGAGGAGAUGGCUGCUGUUUUACAGGCUACUAACCAAUUGUGCUAUUGUGUGUGUUUUUUUUGCAUUAUUUGUAACUUAUUUUGUACAUAAUGUUUUGCUACCGUCUCUUAUGACUUAAAAGAGCUUCUGGAUAUCAGAACAGAGAUUACUCACCUCGUUCUGAAGAUCUUUUAUUUUAACGAGUCGGACGCAAAGGAUUUACUUCAGACACCGGACAAGGCCCAAAUCCCCGUCAUUCGAAUGAAGAAGAGACGGAGAUAUAGGGAUCGAAGGUCGGGGUGCCUUGUAAGAAUCAGACGGCGAGUGGGUAAUCCGCCUCUACCAUCUGUCCUAUUAGCCAACGCGCAAUCAUUGGAUGAUAAACUUGAUGAGCUCUGAUCAAGACUAUCCUACCAACGGGCCAUUAAAAACGGUAAUAUCUUAUGUUUCACCGAGUCGUGGCUGAACGACGACAUGGAUAACAUACAGCUGGCGGGGUUUUCCGUGCAUCGGUAAGAUAGAACAGCUGCCUCCGGUAAACAAGGGGUGGUGGUCUGUGUCUAUUUGUCAAUAACAGCUGGUGCAUGAAAUCUAAUAUUAAUGAAGUCUCAAGGUUUUGCUCGCCUGAGGUAGAGUAUCUCAUGAUAAGCUGUAGACCACACUAUUUACCAAGAGAGUUUUCAUCUACAGUGGGGAGAACAAGUAUUUGAUACACUGCCGAUUUUGCAGGUUUUCCUACUACAAAGCAUGUAGAGGUCUGUAAUUUUUAUCAUAGGUACACUUCAACUGUGAGAGACGGAAUCUAAAACCAAAAUCCAGAAAAUCACAUUGUAUGAUUUUUAAGUAAUUAAUUUGCAUUUUAUUGCAUGACAUAAGUAUUUGAUACAUCAGAAAAGUAGAACUUAAUAUUUGGUACAGAAAGCUUUGUUUGCAAUUACAGAGAUAAAACGUUUCCUGUAGGUCUUGACCAGGUUUGCACACACUGCAGCAGGGAUUUUGGCCCACUCCUCCAUACAGACCUUCUCCAGAUCCUUCAGGUUUCGGGGCUGUCGCGGGGCAAUACGGACUUUCAGCUCCCUCCUAAGAUUUUCUAUUGGGUUCAGGUCUGGAGACUGGCUAGGCCACUCCAGGAUCUUGAGAUGCUUCUUACGGAGCCACUCCUUAGUUGCCCUGGCUGUGUGUUUCGGGUCGUUGUCAUGCUGGAAGACCCAGCCACGACCCAUCUUCAAUGCUCUUACUGAGGGAAGGAGGUUGUUGGUCAAGAUCUCGCGAUACAUGGCCCCAUCCAUCCUCCCCUCAAUACGGUGCAGUCGUCCUGUCCCCUUUGCAGAAAAGCAUCCCCAAAGAAUGAUGUUUCCACCUCCAUGCUUCACGGUUGGGAUGGUGUUCUUGGGGUUAUACUCAUCCUUCUUCUUCCUCCAAACACGGCGAGUGGAGUUUAGACCAAAAAGCUCUAUUUUUGUCUCAUCAGACCACAUGGCCUUCUCCCAUUCCUCCUCUGGAUCAUCCAGAUGGUCAUUGGCAAACUUCAAACGGGCCUGGACAUGCACUGGCUUGAGCAGGGGGACCUUGCGUGCGCUGCAGGAUUUUAAUCCAUGACGGCGUAGUGUGUUACUAAUGGUUUUCUUUGAGACUGUGGUCCCAGCUCUCUUCAGGUCAUUGACCAGGUCCUGCCGUGUAGGUCUGGGCUGAUCCCUCACCUUCCUCAUGAUCAUUGAUGCCCCACGAGGUGAGAUCUUGCAUGGAGCCCCAGACCGAGGGUGAUUGACCGUCAUCUUGAACUUCUUCCAUUUUCUAAUAAUUGCGCCAACAGUUGUUGCCUUCUCACCAAGCUGCUUGCCUAUUGUCCUGUAGCCCAUCCCAGCCUUGUGCAGGUCUACAAUUUUAUCCCUGAUGUCCUUACACAGCUCUCUGGUCUUGGCCAUUGUGGAGAGGUUGGAGUCUGUUUGAUUGAGUGUGUGGACAGGUGUCUUUUAUACAGGUAACGAGUUCAAACAGGUGCAGUUAAUACAGGUAAUGAGUGGAGAACAGGAGGGCUUCUUAAAGAAAAACUAACAGGUCUGUGAGAGCCGGAAUUCUUACUGGUUGGUAGGUGAUCAAAUACUUACAGUGGGGAAAAAAAGUAUUUAGUCAGCCACCAAUUGUGCAAGUUCUCCCACUUAAAAAGAUGAGAGAGGCCUGUAAUUUUCAUCAUAGGUACACGUCAACUAUGACAGAUAAAAUGAGGAGAAAAAAUCCAGAAAAUCACAUUGUAGGAUUUUUUAUGAAUGUAUUGCAAAUUAUGGUGGAAAAUAAGUAUUUGGUCAAUAACAAAACUUUCUCAAUACUUUGUUAUAUACCCUUUGUUGGCAAUGACACAGGUCAAACGUUUUCUGUAAGUCUUCACAAGGUUUUCACACACUGUUGCUGGUAUUUUGGGCCCAUUCCUCCAUGCAGAUCUCCUCUAGAGCAGUGAUGUUUUGGGGCUGUCGCUGGGCAACACGGACUUUCAACUCCUCCAAAGAUUUUCUAUGGGGUUGAGAUCUGGAGACUGGCUAGGCGACUCCAGGACCUUGAAAUGCUUCUUACGAAGCCACUCCUUCGUUGCCCGGGCGGUGUGUUUGGGAUCAUUGUCAUGCUGAAAGACCCAGCCACGUUUCAUCUUCAAUUCCCUUGCUGAUGGAAGGAGGUUUCACUCAAAAUCUCACGAUACAUGGCCCCAUUCAUUCUUUCCUUUACACGGAUCAGUCGUCCUGGUCCCUUUGCAGAAAAACAGCCCCAAAGCAUGAUGUUUCCACCCCCAAGCUUCACAGUAGGUAUGGUGUUCUUGGAUGCAACUCAGCAUUCUUUGUCCUCCAAACACGACGAGUUGAGUUUUUACCAAAAAGUUAUAUUUUGGUUUCAUCUGACAUUCUCCCAAUCCUCUUCUGGAUCAUCCAAAUGCACUCUAGCAAACUUCAGACGGGCCUGGACAUGUACUGGCUUAAGCAGGGGGACACGUCUGGCACUGCAGGAUUUGAGUCCCUGGCGGCGUAGUGUGCUACUGAUGGUAGGCUUUGUUACUUUGGUCCCAGCUCUCUGCAGGUCAUUCACUAGGUCCCCCCGUGUGGUUCUGGGAUUUUUGCUCACUGUUCUUGUGAUCAUUUGACCCCACGGGGUGAGAUCUUGCGUGGAGCCCCAGAUCGAGGGAGAUUAUCAGUGGUCUUGUAUGUCUUCCAUUUCCUAAUAAUUUCUCCCACAGUUGAUUUCUUCAAACCAAGCUGCUUACCUAUUGCAGAUUCAGUCUUCCCAGCCUGGUGCAGGUCUACAAUUUUGUUUCUGGUGUCCUUUGACAGCUCUUUGGUCUUGGCCAUAGUGGAGUUUGGAGUGUGACUGUUUGAGGUUGUGGACAGGUGUCUUUUAUACUGAUAACAAGUUCAAACAGGUGCCAUUAAUACAGGUAACGAGUGGAGGACAGAGGAGCCUCUUAAAGAAGAAGUUACAGGUCUGUGAGAGCCAGAAAUCUUGCUUGUUUGUAGGUGACCAAAUACUUAUUUUCCACCAUAAUUUGCAAAUCAAUUCAUAAAAAUCCUACAAUGUGAUUUUCUGGAUUUUUUUUCCUCAAUUUGUCUGUCAUAGUUGACGUGUACCUAUGAUGAAAAUUACAUGCCUCUCUCAUCUUUUUAAGUGGGAGAACUUGCACAAUUGGUGGCUGACUAAAUACUUUUUUUCCCCACUGUAUGUCAUGCAAUAAAAUGCAAAUGUAUUACUUACAAAUCAUACAAUGUGAUUUUCUGGAUUUUUUUUUUUUAGAUUCCGUCUCUCACAGUUGAAGUGUACCUAUGAUAACAAUUACAGACCUCUACAUGCUUUGUAAGUAGGAAAACCUGCAAAAUCGGCAGUGUAUCAAAUACUUGUUCUCCCCACUGUAUAUUUUCGUGGCUGUCUAUUUACCACCACAAACAGAUACUGGCACUAAGACCGCACUCAGCAAGCUGUGUAAGGCCAUAAUAAAAUCAAAUGUUAUUUGUCACAUGCGCCGAAUAAAAUAGUGAAAUGCUUACUUACAAGCCCUUAACCAACAAUGCAGUUUUAAGAAAAACAAGUGUUAAGUAAAAAAUUAAAAUAACAAAUAAUUAAAGAGCAGCAGUAAAAUAACAGUCGCAAGGCUAUAUACAGGGGGUACCGGUACAGAGUCAAUGUGCAGGGGCACAGGUUAGUCGCAAACAAGAAAAUGCUCACCCAGAGGCGGCGCUCCUAGUGGCUGGGGACUUGAAAUCCGUUUUACCUCAUUUCUACCAGCAUGUUACAUGUGCAACCAGAUGGGAAAAAACACAGAGACGCGUACAAAGCUCUCCCUCGCACUCCAUUUUGCAAAUCUGACAGUAACUCUAUCCUCCUGAUUCCUGCUUACAAGCAACAACUAAAGCAGGAAGUACCAGUGACUCGCUCAAUAUGGAAGUGGUCAGAUGACGCAGAUGCUAAGCUACAGGACUGUUUUGCUAGCCCCACUGUAAGUAAUCCCGCUAUGCCCUCCGACGAACCAUCAAACAGGCAAAGCGUCAAUACAGGACUAAGAUUGAAUCGUACUACACCGGCUCCGACACACGUCAGAAGUGGCAGGGCUUGCAAAAUAUUACGGACUACAAAGGGAAGCACAGCCGCGAGCUGCCCAGCGACACAAGCCUACCAGACGAGCUAAAUUACUUCUAUGUGCACUUCAAGGCAAGCAACACUGAAGCAUGCAUGAGAGCACCAGCUGUUCCGGACGACUGUGUGAUCACGCUCUCCGUAGCCGAUGUGAGUAAGACCUUUAUAAGGUCAACAUUCACAAGGCCGCAGGGCCAGACUGAUUACCAGGAUGUGUACUCCAAGCAUGCGCUCACCAACUGGCAAGUGUCUUCACUGACAUUUUUAACCUGUCCCUGACCGAGUCUGUAAUACCAACAUGUUUCAAGCAGACCACCAUAGUCCCUGUGCCCAAGAACACCAAGGUAACCUGCCUAAAUGACUACCGACCCAUAGCAGUCACGUCUGUAACCAUGAAGUGCUUUGAAAGGCUGGUCAUGGCUCACAUCAACACCAUUAUCCCAGGAGAUGAUCGUGGACUACAGGAAAAGGAGGUCCGAGCACGGCCCCAUUCUCAUGGACGGGGCUGUAGUGGAGCAGGUUGAGGGCUUCAAGUUCCUUGGUGUCCACAUCACCAACGAACUGUCAUGGUCCAAACACACCAAGACAGUCGUGAAGAGGGCAUGACAACGCCUAUUCCCCCUCAGGAGACUGAAAAGGAUUUGGCAUGGGUCCUCAGAUCCUCAAAAAGUUAUACAGCUGCACCAUCAAGAGCAUCCUGACUGGUUGCAUCACUGCCUGGUAUGGCAACUGCUCGGCCUUCCGACCGUAUGGCCCAGUACAUCACUGGGGCCAAGCUUCCUGCCAUCCAGGACCUCUAUACCAGGCGGUGUCAGAGGAAGGCCCUAAAAAUUGCCAAAGACUCCAGCCACCCUAGUCAUAGACUGUUCUCUCUGCUACCGCACGGCAAGCGGUACCGAAGGGCCAAGUCUAGGUCCAAAAGGCUUCUUAACAGCUUCUACCCCCAAGCUGUAAGACUCCUGAACAGCUAACCAAAUGGCUACCCGGACUAUUUGCACACACACACACACACACACACAUUAUUACGCUGCUGCUACUCUCUGUUUAUUAUCUAUGCAUAGUAAUUUACCUCUACCUACAUGUACAUAUUACCUCAACUACCUUGACUAACCUGUGCCCCCGCACAUUGACUCUGUACCGGUACCCCCUGUAUAUAGCUUAGUUACUGUUAAUUUAUUGUUGCUCUUUAAUAAUUUGUUAUUUUUCAAUUUUCUUAUUUUUUCAAUUUUUAUUUAUUUAUUGUUUACUUCAAUUUUUUUUUGUAAACACUUUCUUAACACUUAUUUUUUCUUAAAAUUGCAUUGUUGGUUAAGGGCUUGUAAGGAAGCAUUAACAAUGUUAUUUUAUUUUUGAUUUGAUACACCUCACACACAAAGGAAGACCCCUGUACCAUGUCAGAUAUAGAAAUGUAUUACAUCCCAAUAUUACACUUUAUAUACAUCACAGAAAACUGAAAUAACAAAACCAUUUGACAAAGAAACACCAGAUUUUCGGUGGGCUUUUAGAAGUAAUGUUUAUUAAUUAUGAAAUUAUUAAUUAUAGGGCUUUUUGAAAUAAUUAUUAAUUAUGAAAAAUAUUAAUAACAUUCCACCCAUGUGGCCACUAUGUCAUUCGACUGCAGGAAAGGGCUACGACAUGUACCUUGGGCCUACUUUCCAAAUGUACCUGGUCCUCCAUCAGCGCGAUCAAUUGGGAUAUGACAAUGAUUAUGGGCCUUUGACGACCCAUUACUUUGAGUACCAGUGGGGGCAGCUGGUAAAUUAAACUCUUCCCAAACCCUGAGGGAAGAAUCGCGAAAACGUCUUCCCCUCGAAGGAAGGCCUUCAACGAUGAAAACUGUUCUUCUUUCAGAGCAUGUAUCCCCUCCACUCUUUGAAAAACUGCUUCGAUAGCAACACAUCUUUUUUCUUCAGUAGCCGCCGCCAUUGUUGUUUGCUUAACUUCCACCAAACUUCCACGCAUGUUGAUAACAUCAUCAUGCAGGCCGGCUCUGGCCCAACCCAUCGGUUUCUGGGACCAGUCAGACGGUCUAGAAUGUGUUCGCAUUAUAGAAGGGGUCGGGAAGGGAGUCAGAUCCAGACUCAUUGCGGAGAAGAAACAUUUGGGGGGCAUGGCUGGGCGUUUGGCAGGAGCAAUGUGGCCAGACAAAAACUGAAGUACACAGUAGGUUAGAAUUAUUUAGCCUACAGUACUUUGUUUCUCCCUUGCAUGUACUCAUGCUGGAUCUAUUUUUGGCUCUAGUCCUUUUGUUGGCACAAUUUCUCCUUCCCAACCUCGCUCACUACACAUGCACAAGCAUGCACACAAGCACAUGUGCGCGCACACACACACACACACACACACACACACACACACACAACCUGGCCCCGUCACCCCAGCCACCUCUUGCUUCCCUGCAGUUCCGUUUGAUGGAGAUUUCAGUAAGACGAUGAGCAACAUAUGUUCUGACAAUAAGGGAUUUGUUUCCCCCUCCCAGCCCUCUCCUCCUGAGCCAGUUAAAGCUACCCAGUGAAACAGAACUGCUAAUCCUCUGGCACAGGUACACAGACAGUGUGAGUGUGUGAGUGUGUGAGUGAGUGAGUGAUUGAGUGAGUGAUUGAGUGAGUGAGUGAGAGAGAGUGAGUGUUUUCUGGGGUAUGUAUUACAAAUUGCCAAAAUAUCUAGCAGAAUUUGAUCAACACGAACUGACAUCUCUCCAACUGUGUGGGAUUCUGUUUUCAUCAUGGAGACCAGAGACUAGAAUGCAAUUGCUGCUGUCAACCAAAUGCACCUGGUCUGUGAUGAUGGCCCUGGCCCUGCCCACAACACAACAGGGAAAUGAACAUGUGAAUGUAUCAUGGCAGUUCAUUAAAAUAAGCCUUUUCAAUGAGCGUGCAAAAUGGCAGCCGAGCCAGGCUACUGGAGCAUUCAGAGCAUAUGUUUCAUCUACUUGCCAAUUCCUCUGCACUUGCCAGCAGCACAGAGAAUCAAACCAUAUUUUCCCUUGUAGUGAAGUGACUGCAGUCUUUGCGUUGUCAUGCUCACAGGGCACAGAUGGUGGUAGCGGACGGACAGACAGCAUAUGAGAGCACCUGUGUGGUAUUAUGUCACAUGAAGUAAUGGGUCUUGAACUACUGUACUCUGACAGAGAAUGUGUCCCUGUCCUUACAAUAAAUACAGUGGGGGAAAAAAGUAUUUAGUCAGCCACCAAUUGUGCAAGUUCUCCCACUUAAAAAGAUGAGAGAGGCCUGUAAUUUUCAUCAUAGGUACACGUCAACUAUGACAGACAAAAUGAGGAAAAAAAAUCCAGAAAAUCACAUUGUAGGAUUUUUAAUGAAUUUAUUUGCAAACUAUGGUGGAAAAUAAGUAUUUGGUCAAUAACAAAAGUUUCUCAAUACUUUGUUAUAUACCCUUUGUUGGCAAUGACACAGGUCAAACAUUUUCUGUAAGUCUUCACAAGGUUUUCACACACUGUUGCUGGUAUUUUGGCCCAUUCCUCCAUGCAGAUUUCCUCUAGAGCAGUGAUGUUUUGGGGCUGUCGCUGGGCAACACGGACUUUCAACUCCCUCCAAAGAUUUUCGAUGGGGUUGAGAUCUGGAGACUGGCUAGGCCACUCCAGGACCUUAAAAUGCUUCUUACGAAGCCACUCCUUCGUUGCUCGGGCGGUGUGUUUGGGAUCAUUGUCAUGCUGAAAGACCUAGCCACGUUUCAUCUUCAAUGCCCUUGCUGAUGGAAGGAGGUUUUCACUCAAAAUCUCACGAUACAUGGCCCCAUUCAUUCUUUCCUUUACACAGAUCAGUCGUCCUGGUCCCUUUGCAGAAAAACAGCCCCAAAGCAUGAUGUUUCCACCCCCAUGCUUCACAGUAGGUAUGGUGUUCUUUGGAUGUAACUCAGCAUUCUUUGUCCUCCAAACACGACGAGUUGAGUUUUUACCAAAAAGUUCUAUUUUGGUUUCAUCUGACCAUAUGACAUUCUCCCAAUCCUCUUCUGGAUCAACCAAAUGCACUCUAGCAAACUUCAGAUGGGCCUGGACAUGUACUGGCUUAAGCAUGGGGACACUGCAGGAUUUGAGUCCCUGGCGGCGUAGUGUGUUACUGAUGGUAGACUUUGUUACUUUGGUCCCAGCUCUCUGCAGGUCAUUCACUAGGUCCCCCUGUGUGGUUCUGGGAUUUUUGCUCACCGUUCUUGUGAUCAUUUUGACCCCACGGGGUGAGAUCUUGCGUGGAGCCCCAGAUCGAGGGAGAUUAUCAGUGGUCUUGUAUGUCUUCCAUUUCCUAAUAAUUGCUCCCACAGUUGAUUUCUUCAAACCAAGCUGCUUACCUAUUGCAGAUUCAGUCUUCCCAGCCUGGUGCAGGUCUACAAUUUUGUUUCUGGUGUCCUUUGACAGCUCUUUGGUCUUGGCCAUAGUGGAUUUUGGAGUGUGACUGUUUGAGGUUGUGGACAGGUGUCUUUUAUACUGAUAACAAGUUCAAACAGGUGCUAUUAAUACAGGUAACGAGUGGAGGACAGAGGAGCCUCUUAAAGAAGAAGUUACAGGUCUGUGAGAGCCAGAAAUCUUGCUUGUUUGUAGGUGACUAAAUACUUAUUUUCCACCAGCAUUUGCAAAUAAAUUCAUAAAAAAUCCUACAAUGUGAUUUUCUUGAUUUUUUUUCUCAAUUUGUCUGUCAUAGUUGACGUGUACCUAUGAUGAAAAUUACAGGCCUCUCUCAUCUUUUUAAGUGGGAGAACUUGCACAAUUGGUGGCUGACUAAAUACUUUUUUUCUCCACUGUAUAUUCUGUUGGUAUUUGCGAGGAAGCGUUUGCAUUUUUCACACACAAGCAAUGGAUUUGUCAGCCACAUGCUUUGCAUAGGCAUUGUAUCCAUCUGUAUCAGGUGCUACAAAGUGCUGGGAAUUGUUUAAUUGACGGGAAGCAUAUGCAAUUUGUUUCAAGAGGAGUGUUACUAGAGGUACUUUUCACUGCAGGAAAAGCUCAGAAUCAGAUGUAUUUGCAUUUCAAUGAAGUCAAGUCGUAGUGAAGUCUCUUAGCAGCUAUUGGAGUUUAAGCCUGAGCAAGCAAGGCCACGCAAGGCCAACUCUUUUAUAAUCUGUAUCAUUGCUACUAAAAUAUGCUUAAUUACUUCCUCCUUGCGUGUUUAAGCUCUCUAGAUUAGACUGAUGUACAAUGUCUGAUGUUUAUGCUUUUUGCUCUCUCUUCCUCAGAGCUCCAUCCAGAUCACCUUUGACAACAGUCUCCAGCUCCCUGCCUCUGCUAUUGUAGAUAGUGUGACCUGCACAGACCAAUCAGCUAGCACUAUGGUGAGUAUCAACCAAACAUGCAUGCCUUGUCUAGAGGUUAACAUGAUAUAGAACCCAUGAUUUGUUAUCUUUAUCAAGACAGACUUCUCAUAGACCCAUUUCUUCUAGAACAUUAUAGAUUCUAACAGUUGUCUUUUCCCUCUCCCUGUCCCCAGGUCUUACGGUGUAAGUGUGCAGUUGACACGGUAACGUUCCCAGUGACUGUCACCCAGCAGUCACCUGCAGCUGUUUCCAUGGAUACCUACCAGAUCACCAUAAAGCCGAUGCUGGCCCAGGUAUGACACAUCACCAUUAUGGUUUUGCAUUUGUAAGUUUGCAUGUGUGUGCCUCUCAAAAAAGGUUAACCCUGUUGAGCUUUCACUUCAUUGAAUUGCCCUCAAGUGGAAUGGUGUAGCUGUGUUGGAUGAAACCUCAUAGGCCUACCUAUGCAUAUUUAACACCACUUUCAUUAUCAUCAACUCUCCCAAGCUUCAUGAGUAUUCCAUUGAGUUGAGCUAUACUAAGUAAGGAUAGUUUCGCUCAAAUUACAAAAUGACAUUGGUUUCCUUACACUGUAAGCAGUCUAUGGACAAGGUAUGAAAGCAAUCUGGUUUGGACAUGAAGUGACAAAAUGCGAAUAUAGAUACUAUUGACUUGCAUUGGAGUUGUGCCACAAAUGCUAAAAAGUUAGCAUUUGAAACAGUGGCCAGGUAAACAAAACCAAAGCAUGGAUUGCUGUCAUACCUUGUCCAUAGACUGCUUUCAGGGUAACGAAAGCAAUUUUUUAUUUUGUAAUUUGGGUGAACUAUCCCUUUAAACCAGCUUGCGACUGCCCCUUGUAACAUGCAUGUCCCCCUCUCCCCACUAUCAGUUGGUGGUGCGUCUUGAGGAAGUAGAAGAAGAGGGUCUGCUGGUGUCCUGGACUUUCUCCCAGCAGCCGAUCUCCCUCACCGUGGCCCCACGCAGGAUCCAGAGAGAGGUGAGAAACAGUCAUACUAAAGGUCAAUUUAUAUCUGGCCGUCGCUUGUAUGUGAAUUCAAUUCGGAGCAUGUCGGGACCAUGUCGGGAGUAUGUUGGAGGCCGUUGGUUGACAUUUUCUCAGAUAUGGAGAAUAUGAUGGUCUCGUCGGUUCAACCUCCUAUGACACUAGCAAAUUACGAGCCAAUCACCACAGAAGCGAUUUAGAUUAGGGUACACUGGGCUGUGUCACACUUUUUACUUGGUUAGGUUAUGGGAGAAAUGUGUCUGGAUUAGGGCUUUGAUUGGGCCUGAAAAUUCAAGCCUGACCGUACCUGAGCCCGAUGAGAUGAGGCCCGAGCCCAAACUGAGCCCUAUAUUAAAUACUGUAUAGUAUAGAAAAUCAUUGUACCAUCUAAAUCGCUAUGAAAUAUAUUUUCCAUAACCAAAGAUAUUGUAUUUUCAACGGUUUGAAGGUGGUGUACAAAACGAAACUAAAAGAUGCAAAAACAAAACUUAAAAAACGGAAAGCAUAGAAAUAGCACACAUAGAACAGAUCUACCGCUUCUUAGACUUGCUUUCAAUGAGAAUGACAGAUCUAUAACAGCAUUUCUAUGUGAAUUUUAUCCGGUCGCCCAAAAGAUUACAUAUUUCAGCUUUGAUUUAUUUAUUUUAACUUUUUGGAUUAUGUGCGUAUUGUUUAGUAUUGCUAGGUAUUAUUACUGCACUGUUGGAGCUAGAAACACAAGCAUUUCGCUGCACCUGCGAUGACAUCUGCAAAUCCAUGUAUGCGACCAAUAAACUUUGAUUUGAUUGGAACCCUCUAUGGAAAGGGUUCUACAUGGAACCCAAAAGCAAAAGGGUUCUUCCUGGAACCAAAAAGGGUUCUCCUAUGGGGACAGCCAAAUAACCCUUUUAGGUUCUAGACAGCACUUCAUUUCAGUGUAGGGCCCAGAGUUUUUUCAUUCCAGGUCACCAUACACCUAAUCUAUUUACUAUGAACUAUCUAAUAGAUUUUUGUCUGUUUGGUGUAGUUCUUGGCGGCAGGCAGUGCUUACUUUAGUGGUGUUUUGUGCUCAGGAGAUUGAUGCGGAGAUAGACCUGGACAUGAUUCGGGAGCUGGUGAAGGAUACUCUGUUCAGCACACAGCCAGCCAUGAUCCUCAACCUCAGGGCCUGUGUGUCCAGCACUACGGUAAGACCAUGACACUAAAACUACACUGCAAGUGUUGUGUUUUCCUUCCAUUAGUGUUGUUUUUAGCCCUGCUACAUCCGACUAGAAGCAGAAAAACUGAGGCAGAAAUCAAAAGCAGCGAGAGCUCGCUUCACUGAUUGCUGCUUCUGCAUCCGGAGGAGCAUGUCUCAUUGAAACGCACCCCACUGUAAUCAACUGUGGCUAAUAGGCAUGGGAAAAACCAGCAUGCGACACUUGCAAUAUAAUUACCAUUGGCAAAACCUUCCUGAUAGGAUGAACCAAGAGCUAUGACUAAAUGUUUUAUGUUCUAGUGAUUUGACUCUCUGGUCUUUAAUUCCAUUUCUCUCUUCAUUACUUCCAGUUCCCCAGGGGAACAGGUCUAACCCCGACAGGUCUGACCCCCCCGUCCCAGAGUUUACCCCCCAUACGAAGGCUCCUGCUUCGCCAGCUCAGAGGAACCUGCCUCAGAGAAGGUCAGCUAUAUCACAUCAGCCACGACCCACCAUCAUCUUCUUCCAAAAACCAGAGUCGAUACUGAUUACCGUGUGUGUGUGUGUGUGUGUGUGUGUGUGUGUGUGUGUAGCCAAGUCAUGCAGUUCAGGGGAGCUGUGCUGUACAAUGAGCCUGGACCAGCCAUUAACAGAAAGGAGGACCCGCUUCCUGCCUGCAACCCCCAGCCCUGACAACUUACUCGACUGGAGUGAGGACAUCUCACUGUAAGACAGCCAGCUAUAGCCCAGAGCCCAGCCAGCCACUGGCAGUCACACACAUACAACCCGAUUAUAGAUAUGAAUUAUUGAUAUUAUACAACAACAAUAUUUCUACAAUAAUAGUUCAACAAUGAUAUUGCCAUCAAGUGAAAACUCUAAAUAGCAUGCACUCAUAUUGUUUGACACUGUUAUGCCUACUGUGAAUUUAACAUACAAUCUGUGAUUAUCUGUGAUUGUGUUCUGCAGGGAUCUGGCUCCAGAAACCAAAGAGCUGAGAGUCAGAAUGCUGGAGAAGACCACCAAAGGGGAACGUAAGGCACCUCUCAAUUAGAUACUUAUUAUAAACGGUCAUAGAUUAAGGAGAAAUUGCAUAUCAGUCUAUCUAUGUUAUCUACUUUCGUAAAGACUAUAGUCCCUCUAGACAGACGGGCUACCUCCCACAAUGUACCAAUGUUCCAGCAUACACGUCUGUACUUAGACAACGUCAGUUUGGCAUAGAGGAAAGUGCGGGAGUUGGGACAUCCGGUUUUCUUCCAUCACUGCCUUAUCCGCUUGUUGCUCUAGGGUAAACAAUCUUCCAGACACAAAAUAGUAGUUAGCAAGAUGGAGAUCACUGAGGUUCCUUUUUAAUGAGUGGCUAGUUUGCAUCAACUACCUUCACUAAAACCACUGCAAAUGUUUUGCCUGCAAACUUUGGUUUUGAAAUCGCGACAUUCUGACAUGUCUGCCUACAGGUUAUGGUAAGAGUUUUUCAUGAGCACAAUUCCUGCCCGCAUUAUAAGCCCAAACUUGUGCCCAAACUUGUGAUUUGUUGGGAGAUUUGUCUGUCUGAAGAGGACUCGCCCAAUAUAUAUAUUUCUUAUAUUUUCAAAGUUACCAAGAGAAUCCGUCAUGAUUCCCAGACCUAGGGCUGUUGCCCUAGGUUGGGAUUUCCAAUACUAUAAAGACUAUAUUCAAACCAUUUUUCAAAUGUCAUGUUAUACUCUGUGUAAGCAAAACACAGUGAUGUUGUCUCCUCUGUAUUUCUAUGCUUAGUCUUUCUCUUUUGGCAGAAUUCUUGUCUGGCUUUGCCUGCCUACCCUUGGACCUCACCCGCAGAGCUCCUACUGGUCAGCAUGUGCUGUCAGUCAGCCCAGGGCACGGCCUGGCACCCAAUGCUACGGUCACCUUUGAGGUGAAUGUCAUGCGAUAGGUGGAAUGCUGUUCCAUAGUGUGUAGAUAAUUAGCUGUCAGUGUUACAACAUAGAUGACAUAGAAAUACAAUUACGGAACAUUGACUUGAAUGGGAACGUCACUUCCAGUAAUUAUAUUUCUAUGACUGAAUCACACUGAGUGCUCUCUCUUAUCAUAUCAAUGUAUUAUUCAAUGUAUUGUGGCGCACUCCACAUGAUAAUCCUAGAGGGUAAAACAUAAUACAUAACAAUACUUCAUACACAGUCCAUAACAUUUAUGGUAAUCUUGGUCCCCCUCCAACUGUAGCUGGUGUACCUGGAGGUAGUGGACCCCCUUGGAGCUCACAACGCCACGCCCCUCCGCACCUCCAUCACCCCGACCAAGAAGGUGGAUGUGGACCGAACCAUCAUGCCAGACGGCACCAUCGUCACCACCGUUACCACCAUACAGUCACGACCCAGACUGGGCAAACUAGGUACAGUAGGUCUGGGUGAGUUAGCAUAUGGAGGGGCAGGAGAGUGGGCUGUAGCUAAUGAUAAUGACAAAUAUGAUAUUGAUUUCUUGAUAAUUAUGUGAUAGUACUGACUCUAUGAUAAAAGAGAAUUGCAACCCUGCACGCCAAUCCUUCAUUUUACUAUACUCUACUGCAGUGGUCACCAAUCUUUUCUGAGUCAUGAUCACUUUCUGAGUCAAAAUGCAAGCUGAGAUCUACCGCUCAGAAUGUAAGCCUAUGCAACAUUUAUUUAACCUUUAUUUAACAAGGCAAGUCGGUUAAGAACAAAUUCUUAUUUACAAUGACGACCUACCCCGGCCAAACCCUCCCCUAACCCGGACGACACUGGGCCAAUUGUGCGCCGCCCUAUGGGACUCCCAAUCACGGCCGGAUGUGAUACAGCCCGGGACUGAACCAGGGUCUGUAGUGCGCUGAGAUGCAGUGCCUUAGACCCCUGCCUUAACAUUAACCUCUAAACAUAUGGAAUUGUUUUAAGAUGGUCAUACCAUGGAUUAUUUUUAAUUUUAGGGCCCCUUUAGGUAUCCCCAAACAAUAUUUUAAUGUUUUGAAGUGUCUGUUCUAUGUCUAGGAGAUAUAAAUAUUUGUGUUUUUUUGGACACAUAUAUAACGCCUUAUUUUUGUUGGCACAAAACUACCUCCAUACUUCCAUUUGUUUGUAUGGGUUACCUUCAGACAAUUCCCAUGACAAAUGGAUCAUCUUAUUCGUGAGAGUCUCCCCUUUCCAUAGAGUGGUCAUUAUAGUUUUGUAGGCCAAACCGUUCGAAAGCUACAGAUGUUUUCGUGAGAAGACCAAUUUUCGGGAUGUCUCAUAGCUGUACCUCAGCCACCUUCCACCGCAGAUGAGGAAGGCCGACAUAGGCAGAUGUGGUGGAUUGAGACGCAGCCCAUGCAUAUUUUUUGUAUUUAUUAUGGAGCCCCAUUAGCUGCUGCCAAGGCAGCAGCUACUCUUCCUGGGGUCCAGCAAAAUUAAGGCAGUUCAUACCAUUUUAAAAACAUUACAAUACAUUCACAGAUUUCACAACACACUGUGUGCCCUCAGGCCCCUACUCCACCACUACCACAUACAGUUGAAGUCGGAAGUUUACAUACACUUAGGUUGGAGUCAUUAAAACUCGUUUUUCAACCACCACAAAUGUCUUGUUAACAAACUAUAGUUUUGGCAAGUUGGUUAGGACAUCUACUUUGUGCAUGACACAAUUAAUUUUUUCAACAAUUGUUUACAGACAGAUUAUUUCACUUAUAAUUCACUGUAUCACAAUUCCAGUGGGUCAGAGGUUUACAUACACUAAGUUGACUGUGCCUUUAAACAGCUUGGAAAAUUCCAGAAAAUGAUGUCAUGGCUUUAGAAGCUUCUGAUAGGCUAAUUGACAUCAUUUGAGUCCAUUGGUGGUGUACCUGUGGAUGUAUUUCAAGGCCUACCUUCAAACUCAGUGCCUCUUUGUUUGACAUCAUGGGAAAAUCAAAAGAAAUCAGCCAAAACCUCAGAAAGAAAAUUGUAAACCACUACAAGUCUGGUUCAUCCUUUGGAGCAAUUUCCAAAUGCCUGAAGGUACCACGUUCAUCUGUACAAACAAUAGUACACAAGUAUAAACACCAUGGGACCACGCAGCUGUCAUACCGCUCAGGAAGGAGACGCGUUCUGUCUCCUAGAGAUGAACGUACUUUGGUGCGAAAAGUGAAAAUCAAUCCCAGAACAACAGCUAAGGACCUUGUGAAGAUGCUGGAGGAAACAGGUACAAAAGUAUAUAUAUCCACAGUAAAACGAGUCCUAUAUCGACAUAACCUGAAAGGCCGCUCAGAAAGGAAGAAGCCACUGCUCCUAAACCGCCAUAAAAAAGCCAGACUACGGUUUUCAACUGCACAUGGGGACAAUGAUCGUACUUUUUGGAGAAAUGUCCUCUGGUCUGAUGAAACAAAAAUAGAACUGUUUGGCCAUAAUGACCAUCGUUAUGUUUGAAGGAUAAAGGGGGUUGCUUGCAAGCCGAAGAACACCAUCCCAACCGUGAAGCAUGGGGGUGGCAGCAUCAUGCUGUGGGGGUGCUUUGCUGCAGGAGGGACUAGUUCACUUCACAAAAAGAUGGCAUCAUGAGGAAGGAAAAUUAUGUGGAUAUAUUGAAGCAGCAUCUCAAGACAUCAGUCAGGAAGUUAAAGCUUGGUCGCAAAUGGGUCUUCCAAAUGGACAAUGACCCCAAGCAUACUUCCAGAGUUGUGGCAAAAUGGCUUAAGGACAACAAAGUAAAGGUAUUGGAGUGGCCAUCACAAAGCCCUGACCUCAAUCCUAUAGAAAAUGUGGGCAGAACUGAAAAAGCGUGUGCGAGCAAGGAGGCCUACAAACCUGACUCAGUUACACCAGCUCUGUCAGACAGGAAUGGGCCAAAAUUCACCCAACUUAUUGUGGGAAGCUUGUGGAAGGCUACCCGAAACGUUUGACCCAAGUUAAACAAUUUAAAGGCAAUGCUACCAAAUACUAAUUGAGUGUAUGUAAACUUCUGACCCACUGGGAAUGUGAUGAAAGAAAUAAAAGCUGAAAUAAAUCAUUCUCUCUACUAUUAUUCUGACAUUUCACAUUCUUAAAAUAAAGUGGUGAUCCUAACUGACCUAAGACAGGGAUAAAUGUCAGGAAUUGUGAAAAACUGAGUUUAAAUGUAUUUGGCUAAGGUGUAUGUAAACUUCCGACUUCAACUGUAUCUACAUAUCUCUAGCUUAAACUGACAGAUUUUGAUGGGGAUUUUUUUAUUAUGCUACUUAGAUGGACGCACGGGUGCGUCAAUAGACUCUUAAGGAUUAACCAAUUAAAAACAGUUCUGUAGUAAUGAGGUUUCUGCAAUAGGCUAUACAUUAUGGCUUUGCUUGAAUUGGCCUGCCAAUGUUGUUCUUCUCAGACAAUUUUGAAAUUAUAGUUAAAAAACGUAGGUAUAUGAUCACACUGGUAAUAGAUAAUUUGUUGUAUUACUUGUGAGGCACAGCUGAGUGAGCAUAAUAUUUUAUUUUUAUUAAUUUUUUACUGGACUGAUGGUCAGUCUGAGGGGAGGGAGCAGCGGUGAGGCUGCCUCUUACCCAACUCACCGUCCAUCUGCUCUCCCUCCACUGAGAAAUGGGGACACAGUCUUCCAGCUCAUUGCAAAACUCAAGUCGCACUGCAUUAUUUCUGCCUCUUGGACCAAUUCAUGUUGUUACUCUUAUGUCCAGAGAAAGUGAAAUAUUCCUCGAUAUUGAAAAAAACACAAGCUGCUAAUAAUAACAACGUUAUCGGAAUACUUUGCUAUACUCAUUCAUUGCAGCUGCAGUGCUGGUUGUAGUGUGAGUGGAAGUAGGGAGAACGUGCAUUUUAUGACUUAUGAAAGUGUUGAACAAAGUGUUGACAGUGCUGAAUAAACAAAAUCAUGAACUUACUCAUAAAAACAGCAGCUCUUUGCUUGUAUUCGUUGAGUUUCUCUCUAGUAAUGGUUUUAUUUAUUUUUAAAUCUCACAGUAUCAACUUUGCUGUGUGUUCGAGGCUUCUUUUUAGUCUAUGGCUCAAGAAAACUGUGCAGACACGGUUAUCUGAGCUAUCUGAUUGGCCAGCGGUAGGCCUAUAGGUGCACUUGAUUUGCUCUCUGGGCCUGCCCGGUAGGCGGAGUUCUACCUUCAGACACAUGAAAUGGUUCAAAAUGGGAACACUUUGCCUUCCCGGCGCUAGGGCUGCUGAAUCAAGUGCACCUACCGCCAACAGCGUGAAACAAAUAAAUAAAAAAUAGGAACGCAAGGCUUUAUCAUUGGGGUUUUUAUAAAAAUGUUUGGUGAUCGACUAGGAAUGCGUUGGAGAUCGACCAGUUGGUGACCACUGCUCUGUUGCUUCUAUUGACCCUCACAUCCUCUGUCUCUGCGUUUACUCAGGCGACUCUCCCUCGCGGUCCCCGUCCAAAGUGGAGGUGACAGAGAAAGGGACCAUGUUCCUCACCGAUGGCUGCCAUAGCAGGACCAGCUCCAGCCCUACUCUCAGCAGUGAGUUAUGUUCCUCCAUCGCUUCAUAGCCUGGUCUCAGAUCUGUUUGUGCUGUCUUGCCAACUCCUAUGGUCAUUGUUACAGCCAUAGUCAUUAUUAUCACAAACAGAUCUGGGGCCAGGCUAAUGGCUCCACACUCCUCAACACUUAUUUCCACAGAUAUUUAUUAACAUUUUUUCAACAUGAUACGUACAGUGGGUCCACAUUUAGUAGUUGCGUCACGUUAUAGUGCAUUACAGCGCUUGCCGUUAAUGCUCGUUUGAAGCACCAGAGGGCAUCUCUGAGCACAUCUACUUCAGCCUGAAAUAAAUACUGAGGUGCGCACUAGCGGUGCGUGGGUCAGCUGUUUGUUCACCCGCCCGCAAUGAUCUAAUAACCCAUCCGCAACUGCCCAACUAUAUGUGAUAAUGUGAAAAUCUGAGGCCGCACCCGACGCUAACCCGCAAAUAUAGAAAAUGUGCUGUAGGCAACAGUUAGAGACGGCAGAAAGAUGUUUUGACAGGGGGUGCAGGAUUUUUUUUGUUGCCUAAUUUAGAUAUGUUUCUGCUUAUAAUUUCCGUCAUAUUGGUAGGCUAUUUAUUAGUCAACAAACCCGAUAAUUAGAUACAUGCAGCUUCUCUUCUGUCAUUAUAUGUUGCCCAAGAAUACUUAAUAAACCCUUAAUCACCAGAAUAAUGUAAUAAAUUAUCAAAUGAAUAAUUCAAUCUAGUUGACAUCAGUAAAGUUUCCUCUGUCAUCUCUGCUUCUUUCGUGGCACAAAGAUGUUUAGGGACCGGGGAGAAUGCAAUAACUCAACCCCCCCAAAAAUUGAACGAUUUCUUGUGCAAUAUUUCCAAAUUACAUCAGUUUGACCGGUUUUAAGGAAAUAGAAAGCUGUGAAAACGACCCAACAUGUUUCUGAUGAGAUUUCAGUUUGCAUAUUUUAUGUGGUUGAAAUACUAUCAGCUUUUAUGAUGCUGAUAAAGAUAGCACAGAUGGUCCCUAACUGUGCAUUCGCAUUCUCUCAAGAUGCUGAAAGAAAUAAAUCAUAUUUCUCCACUGUUUCCGAGUCAAAACGUACAUUUGGUGUAUUAUUUUACUGCAACAAAUGCUUAAUUCUGCAGGAGUUAAUAUUAAGGAUAUGUGAGAGGUUAUAGACCUACAGUCAGUGUCCAGAUUUCAGUUUCCAUUUAACCCAUCUGAACAUUAGGCUACAGUUCCCUUGAUGUGCCAUAGGCCUAUUUGAAGUCCCCGUCUUGUGACUGUCUAAUUUGUAUAGCGCCUCACAAUCAUCACACAUAACAUAGCUGGCACUGCUGUCAUCCUCUUUUACCACUUCAAAUCAUUCCCAAACAUUACUUUUCUGGCCCUCCUUUAUCUUUAUUUUCAACUCUCCAUGUCACAGCUUUUCUCUUCGGGACUGUUCGUUAUUUAUAAUGAGGGAUACCUGGAGAAAAUCGGAUCUCUCUGAAAAUGAAAAUGGAUGGCCCUCCCUUCAGUAAAAUAUAUUUUUACCGGAUCCUCCCUGAACACUUUUUAAAAAAAACAAGUGACCCUCCCCUAAACCCAAAAUAAUAAUUAAAACAUAAAGUGGAUAGCAGAGAAGAUGCCUACCGUUUACCCGAUAGAUUUCAAGUUUCUUCAAGUGCAGUCGUAAAAAACAUCAAGCGCUAUGAUGAAACUGGCUCUCAUGAGGACCACCACAGGAAUGGAAGACCCAGAGUUACCUCUGCUGCAGAGGAUAAUAUAAUUAGAGUUACCAGCCUCAGAAAUUGCAGCCCAAAUAAAUGCUUCACAGAGUUCAAGUCACAGACACAUCUCAACAUCAACUGUUCAGAGGGGACUGUUUGAAUCAGGCCUUCAUGGUCGAAUUGCUGCAAAGAAACCACUACUAAAGGACACCAAUAAUAAGAAGAGACCUGCUUGGGCCAAGAAACACGAGCAAUGGACAUUAGACCGGUGGAAAUCUGUCCUUUUGGUCUGGAGUCCAAAUUUGAGAUUUUUGGUUCCAACCGCCGUGUCUUUGUGAGAUGCGGUGUGGGUGAACUGAUUUUUUUACAUUUACGUCAUUUUUAGCAGACGCUCUUAUCCAGAGCGACUUACAGUUAGUGAGUGCAUACAUUUUUAUUAAAUUUUUCAUACUGGAAUCGAACCCACAACCCUGGCGUUGCAAAUGCCACGCUCUACCAACUGAGCUACAUCCCGGAUGAUCUCCACAUGUGUAGUUCCCACCGUAAAGCAUGGAGGAGGAGGUGUUAUGGUGUGGGGAUGCUUUGCUGGUGACACUGUCUGUGAUUUAUUUAGAAUUCAAGCACACUUAACCAGCAUGGCUACCACAACAUUCUGCAGCGAUAUGCCAUCCCAUCUGGUUUGGGCUUUGUGGGACUAUCAUUUAUUUUUCAACAGGACAAUGACCCAACACACCUCCAGGCUGUGUAAGGGCUAUUUGACCAAGAAGGAGAGUGAUGGAGUGCUGCAUCAGAUGACCUGGCCUCCACAAUCCCCCAACCUCAACCCAAUUGAGAUGGUUUGGGAUGAGUCGGACGGCAGAGUGAAGGAAAAGCAGCCAACGAGUGCUCAGCAUAUGUGGGAACUCCUUCAAGACUGUUGGAAAAGCAUUCCAGGUGAAGCUCCCGUUGUGCGGUUUACAACAAACACGUGACUGGCUGCUGUUCUGGGGAACUAUGGUAAGCUUCAUCUUAAAAAGUAUCUACAAAUAUUGACCAAUGUCCAUCACCACUACUGUAAUCCCAGUACUGUAUUAUUAUUAUUUUUUAUCUGUUUUAAAAUGCAGAUGUUUAUUAGGCUAUUGUGUGACAAAAAAACAACAGGGCAAUGAUAUUUUUACUGUUGCCCACAUACUACUUAAUUCCUUAGAUAAGGGAGAGCAGGCCACGUCCAGACUUCCUCUGCGACCUCACGUACUCAUUAAUUUUUUCGGGUUGCAUCACUCAUGGAGAGAAACUUCUAAAACAGUAUUCCCGAUGAACACUCUGAGCCAUAUUUUCCUCUGGAUCUAUCCCAGUUGGUAUUCUGAGGCCACUCAUGGUAUCUUUCUUCAGUUACACAUUCUUGGAAUAGCAUAACGGUAAGGACGGCCCUUGCUGUGCUUGGUCAGCAGUUCGUCAAGUUCUGGUGUCAGAAGAGGAAUGGAAAUAUCAGGGUGAACCGACGAUCUGACAAACCAGCCAUGGUAGUUGCCUCUGCCUGUUGGAGGUGGAGUUCUAGCACAGGUGUGCCUGGCAUGGAUUGUGACUCCAUCUCGUCCCUCGCCCUCUUCAGCGAGUCAUUCUCCACCUAA